AAAUAUCCUACUGUCACAAUAGCUAUUUUAGCGCGAAAUAAAGCUCAUACUUUACCUUAUUUUUUAACAUUGUUGCAAAAUCUUCAUUAUCCAAAAGGUAGAAUUGCAUUAUGGAUUCGUAGCGAUUAUAAUGAGGACAAUACAAUAUCUAUACUCAAAAAAUGGUUGAAUACGGUUGAAAAUGAGUAUCAUUCAAUUGAUGUGGAUUUCAAUGAAGAUUCAAUCAAAAUGGAUGAUGAAAAUGGUCCAGCACAUUGGAGUUCAUCACGUUUUAACCAUGUUAUUACUUUGCGAGAAGAAGCUCUUAAUUAUGCUCGCCGAAUAUGGUCGGAUUAUAUUCUGAUGAGUGAUUGUGACGUAUUUCUAACAAAUCCAAACACUUUAAUCAACUUGAUUGAACAAAAUCACGUAGUGACAGCACCUGUACUCAAAUCUGAUGGACUUUAUUCAAACUUUUGGUGUGGUAUGACCAAUGAAUAUUAUUACGAACGUACUGAAAGUUAUAAACCAAUAUUAAAUCGUGAACAAAUCGGAUGUUUUAACGUUCCAAUGGUACAUUCCUGCGUACUAAUUAACUUACGCCUAAAAAUAACCGAUCAAUUAACAUUUAUCUCUGAUAAAAUAGAAAAUUAUGACGGACCAAAAGAUGAUAUUAUAACAUUUGCAAUAUCCGCAAAUAAAUCGAAUAUUCCAAUGCAUAUAUGUAAUUUGGAACAUUAUGGUUACGUAAUGAUUCCAUUGGAACAGAAUGACGAAUUAAAAUUAGAUAUACAACAGUUAAUUAAUUUAAAAUUAGAAAUAUUAAAUAACGGACCGCCAUUGUACUAUAGUGAAAUAUUUAAUAGUGAUGUUAUAUUGCCAGUGAAAGAUAAAUUAGGAUUUUCGGAAGUUUUUAUGAUCAAUUUAGUACGUCGUCCGGAACGACGACGGCGUAUGAACUUGUGUUUUGAUGAGCUCAGUUUAAAUGUUACUAUGGUUGAUGCUGUUGAUGGAAGAUCGUUAAACGAUACAACUUUACGUGAAAUGGGAAUUGGUUUUAUGCCGGAAUUUUCAGAUCCUUACCAUAAAAGGCCUAUGACUUUGGGUGAAAUAGGAUGCUUUUUAAGUCACUUUAAAGUUUGGAACAAGAUUAUUGAAAAUAAUUACGCAACAACGAUGGUCCUUGAGGAUGAUGUCCGUUUUGAACCAUAUUUUCGUGUGAAAGUUCUAAAUAUUAUGAAAGAAGCUGAAAAACUUGGUGAAUGGGAUUUGAUUUAUUUGGGACGAAAAAGAUUAGUGGAAUCAUCUGAACCAUGGGUAUCGCGAUAUUUAGUGCAAGCUGGAUAUUCAUAUUGGACAUUGGGAUAUGUGUUAAGCUAUCGUGGAGCGAAAAAAUUAUUGAAUGGUAAACCGUUAAAAAAUAUGGUACCUGUGGAUGAAUAUUUGCCGAUAUUAUUUGAUAAACAUCCAAAGGAUAAUUGGAAAGGAUAUUUUCCACAACGUGAUUUAAUCGCAUAUUCAGCAGCACCAUUAUUAAUUUACCCAACACAUUAUACGGGAGAGAAAGGGUAUGUUAGUGAUACAGAAGAUUCAAAAUUAAUACCACCUGAAUUAAUACCAGGCAGUGGGCCAUCAUCGUCGAUUUCAGUCGGAAUGCGUGACGAUCUUUGACAUAAAUUCUUCUCAACUAUGUUUUAUCAAACUUUAUACAUUUUUUCAUAUAUUUUA